GAAAUAGAAAUGUAGCAAGUAUAAGGUUAGAAUCGGCAGCAGUCUUUGCUAAGAGAACUAGGAUCCCACCACCAAGAAAUAUAAAAGUACAAUUGGUUACGAUACAACUGAUACUACGUGGUCGAACGUGAUUGGUUGAAUCAAUGGACCAAGGCCCAAUCAAACGAGGCCCCGCCCCUUUCGUCUCGGCAAAAAGAGUAUAUAAACAUCCAAUUUUUGGAAAAAUUAUCAAUCCUGAAUUUCCUUCCAUAAGAGCAAUAUGGAAUUUUUCAAGAGCUUCCUACAAACUAUUGGCAUAUUUGAGCCUACAAAAGUGGAUUUCAUUUCCGAAUUGCCACUGGAAGUAUCACAGAUAAUUCUUCGCAAUUUGGAUGAGGAGUCUUUGCUCUGUGCAGCUCGAGUAUCGCGAAAAUGGCUGCAAAUCUGCAAAUUGGAUAAAAUUUUGAAACAAACUGCAAGGCUCCAUAAACGACAAAUCAGAAGAAAAAUGAGAGAACAAAUUUUGGGACGAGAUUCACCAUCAAGGAUUGAAUCGUUAGGAAGAAUACAACAAGAAUUGAGAAGAAAUAGAAAUGUAGCAAGUAUAAGGUUAGAAUCGGCAGCAGUCUUUGCUAAGAGAACUAGGAUCCCACCACCAAGAAAUAUAAAAGUACAAUUGGUUACGAUACAACUGAUACUACGUGGUCGAACGUGAUUGGUUGAAUCAAUGGACCAAGGCCCAAUCAAACGAGGCCCCGCCCCUUUCGUCUCGGCAAAAAGAGUAUAUAAACAUCCAAUUUUUGGAAAAAUUAUCAAUCCUGAAUUUCCUUCCAUAAGAGCAAUAUGGAAUUUUUCAAGAGCUUCCUACAAACUAUUGGCAUAUUUGAGCCUACAAAAGUGGAUUUCAUUUCCGAAUUGCCACUGGAAGUAUCACAGAUAAUUCUUCGCAAUUUGGAUGAGGAGUCUUUGCUCUGUGCAGCUCGAGUAUCGCGAAAAUGGCUGCAAAUCUGCAAAUUGGAUAAAAUUUUGAAACAAACUGCAAGGCUCCAUAAACGACAAAUCAGAAGAAAAAUGAGAGAACAAAUUUUGGGACGAGAUUCACCAUCAAGGAUUGAAUCGUUAGGAAGAAUACAACAAGAAUUGAGAAGAAAUAGAAAUGUAGCAAGUAUAAGGUUAGAA